GAACUUUUUCAAUUCCUCGGAAAAUGUGACAAAUUAUACCUAUCUAUGAGUGUAUUUUGGAACUACUAUUAUUCUAAAUUUAUUUUUUCUAUUAAUCAGUCAAACUUUUUUAGGGAUAUUCUGGCCCCUGGACGAUAUGGUAAUUUAAUUAUUAUUUAUUUUCGGAAUGACGUUUAAAUAAUAAAUUUUUUAAAGAUGUAAGAGUUCGUCCAGUAAAUAACCAUUCCAAACCUUUAAAAAUUUAUAUUUCAAUGAGUUUAUAUCAAAUUAUUGAUGUUAAUGAACCUGCACAAAAUAUUAAAAUGAAUGUUUGGAUGAUACAAAAAUGGAAAGAUGAAAUGCUUCAUUGGGAUCCUAGGGACUACGAUAUGAUUAACAGUACAAUUUUGCCUCAUGAAGUGUUGUGGAUACCCGAUACUUAUUUAUACAAUUCUGUUGUUAUGAAUGCUGAAGAAACAGAAAGAUAUAUGAAUAUAAGGGCGGAUUCCCUCUUUUGGGAGAGAGAAAGAGGGUCGAAUAUGUCUUUCCUUUAUCCAGCUAUUUAUACUGUAACUUGCCGGUUAAAUAUUAGGUAUUUCCCCUACGAUCAGCAAAAUUGUACUUUAACAAUUUCUUCUUGGACUAACAGCAAAUCAGCACUUGAUUAUUAUGCUGAUCCAGAAGUCAAUCUAGCAUCAUUUAUUUCUAAUGAAGAAUGGGAUGUAAUGUCUUUUAGAAUUUUUAGACACGAGUACAAAUAUGCCUGCUGUCCAGAGCCUUGGGUGAUUUUAGAAGCAUCUAUAGUUAUUAGAAGAAAACCUUUAUAUUAUGUUAUUAAUUUAAUUCUUCCAACUUCAAUAAUUACAUUAGUAGCCAUUACCGGGUUUUUCACCCCAGCAUCAACUGCAGACGACAGAACAGAAAAAAUAAAUUUGGGAAUUACAACUUUAUUAGCAAUGUCUAUUCUUAUGCUUAUGGUCAGUGACCAAAUGCCAACAACGAGUGAAUUUGUGCCUUUAAUUGCUUGGUUUUAUCUUUCUAUUAUUGUUAUAAUUUCAAUAGGUACAUUUCUUACCAGUGUUAUUCUUUCAAUUCAAGGAAGGCGUCAAUACGGCCAAUUACCCUCUUUAUGGAUUAGGCAUCUUUUCUUUGUUAAACUUGCAAAAUUCCUUUUGUUGGCUGUCCCCCCGCCUUUAUUAACUUUGUGGGAAGAAAUGAACGAUCAUCCACUUACCGCUAGAAGAAGAGCUUCAAUUGAACGGUUUGAAAAGAUCGAAAAUCGUCGUUUAAGUAGAUCUUUAAGAAGUAGUUUAAAGCAGUCAAUUAGAGAGGGCAAUCGAAGUAAAGUACCUUCUUUUGCUUUGGAAGGUUCAUUUGUAGUUCCACCUAGUCCAAACAAUUUAAAUGGUAUUGAUCAUCAGCAUCGAAAUGUUUCACCAAUUAAUUCAACAACUACAAUAGGCAGAGCCAAAAAGAAUUGGUUAAGAGUUAGCUCAAUAAUUAGUAGGAAAAGUGAUCAAUCUGAUAGAACAACACAACCAAGUAUUCGUUCACAACAACAAACAGACCUUAAUUUAAAUAUAAUAUCUUCUCGACGAAGUUCUGAAGCUGUCACUAAUUGGGAAAAUGCAAUUGAUGGACUUGGAGUUGUUAGUCCUAGACAAAGAGAAUUGCCUGGAGAUGCAAGUCGCCCUCCUACAGUUGGAGGUAAUAAAUCCAAAAAAGGAAAGAAAAGAACUUCUGUAGCAGCGGAGGUUAAUGCAAUGAAGGUAAAGAGACAAUGCUCUCUUGAAUGGGAAUUUCUUGCUACAAUAUUGGAUCGUUUAUUUCUUAUAGUUUUUGCAUUUACAACGGUUAUUGUAACACUUGGAAUGAUGGUUACGGGGAAAGUAGCACAAUGGCAAUAUGAACAAGCAGCUAAAGAAAUAGGAUAA